AGUGCUUACCAAAAACAAAUUCUGCAUUAAUGUUAUCUUUUAACGAUGAUUUUUUAAAUAAAAAAGACUACGUCAGCAAAAAUCUAAAAGAUAAUUUCGGAUAACAUUUUUAUCUCUGUUUUUAUUUAAUAAAAGAAGGCCUUGAAUUCCCAGCACGAUCAACUCAAGGAACACAUUAUAUGUAAUUGGUUCCUACGCACGUCAAACGGAUCAUUUUCGACGCUCUGCUUUUGCCUUUGCAGUUUUAUCAAUCAUGCUGGGCUUAGAACUCUUGUACGGGCCGAUUCUGGUCACUUUCUUGGUCGGAAUAACUUCAGUUUUCCUUUAUUGGUUUUCUACGAGGAACUUUGAUUUCUGGCAAAAAAGGAAAGUUCCAUUUGUGAAACCUUUGCCAUUUCUUGGAUCAGUCUUACAAAAUAUCACCAAACCUCUACAUGAUACAGAACUGCAGAGAUACAAAGAGUUAGGAAGAAUCUAUGGCCACUUCGAAGGUACUCGAGCUCUUCUCUCUGUGGGAGAUCCGGCACUUGUCAGGCAAAUCCUGCUCAAGGAUUUCCACAUAUUUCCCAAUCGAAGGCUCUUCGUUACGGGUGACGAGAUGAUUGACAAAAUGCUGUCCAAUGUCCAAGGAGAAGAUUGGAAAAGAAUUCGCACCAUCAUUACACCGACAUUUUCGACGGGAAAAAUCAAAAGGAUGAUGAGUAUAAUGAAGGAUUGUGCACUGACUGCAGUUGAAAACUUUCGGACUCUCUCUAAGAAUGGAACUCCUAUAGAAGCAAAGAGGAUCUAUGGAGCUUUCACCAUGGACGUGAUCGCCAGCUCUGCUUUCUCCACCAAAAUAGACUCCCACAACAAUCCAGACAACGAAUUCGUGAAGAAAGCCCAAACAAUAUUCAGAAGGAACUUUAGCUGGAGGUUCGCCCUGUUCCUCAUUGCUCCUAACUUUAUGAGAUGGCUGAGGAUCUCCAUCUUUGCUUCGGAUGUCACCUCUUUCUUCAGGGAUGUCACUUUGCAGAUCAUAGAAGAGAGGAAGAAGACAGGACAGACUAGGAAUGACUUCCUACAACUUUUGAUGGAUACAGCCAAAGAACUUUCUGAAGAUCCAAAAUCAGAACUCCACGAAAAAGAAGCCGACGACUUAGCCUCCACCUACGGAGAAGUUUCCACUGACCACCAGGUAUUCAAGGGUGUCACCAAGAAAAAUCUGUCAAUAAACGAACUGGUUGCCCAGUGCGUCAUCUUCUUCCUCGCUGGUUACGACACGACCGCCUCCACCCUAUCCUUCAUCACUUACAUGCUUGCCCUGAACCCAGAGGUCCAAGAGAGAGUUCAUAAAGAUCUGGUGGAAGCUGUGCAAGAGGCGAACGGUGAGCUCACAUAUGACGCAAUUCAGAGCGUGAAGUACCUGGACAACAUCAUAUCCGAAACAAUGCGUCUCUUCCCACCAGCAGUGAGGCUUGAAAGGCAGGCCUCCGCCGAUUACGAGCUGGGUGAGACCGGUAUCAAGAUUCCGAAAGGGAUGAUCGUUACUAUUCCCAACUACGCCAUGCACCGAGAUCCCGAAUAUUUCCCCAAUCCAGAAAAAUUUGAUCCAGAUAGGUGGACUGUUGAAGAGAAAGCGAAGCGAGACCAGUACGCUUACCUGCCUUUCGGUGCCGGACCCAGGAACUGCGUGGGUAUGCGAUUUGCUCUCACAGAAGUGAAAGUGUGCAUCGCUCUCGUCAUCCUGAACUUCAAGAUCAACAAGAGCUCUAAAACUAAGGUGCCUUUGGACUAUUUCAUCGGCCAAGGAGAAACUGGAGUUCCAAGCAGGUGUGACAUAAUUGCUGAUAUCAAAAGAAAUCAUGGUGGAGAUGGAGGUGAGACCGGACUCUCUUGUGAUCAGCUGAGGGAAUCCAAUGAUCACCAUAACGAGAUUUCAGUUGAAUACAAAACAGAGAAGAUGGCCGACCCUCAAUUUCUACUGGGAAUAAUUGUGGCUAUUUUUCUAGUGGUGAUAUCUGUCAUCAUAUUAUUUCAUUGGUGGGAGCCCAAGAAAUAUGACUAUUGGAGGAAAAAUGGAGUUCCCUUUGUGGAUCCCUUGCUGCCAGUACAAAACGAGAAACCUUUUAAUGAGAUUCUUGUGGAAAGGCAUCAGAAACUUGGGGAAAUAUAUGGUUAUUUUGAAGGAGAAAAACCUAAAAUUUCCAUCGGAAAUCCAGCUCUGGUGAAAAGUAUACUGAUCAAGGAUUUCUCAUUCUUCAAAGGUCGAAGACCAAUAGUGACAGGAGACGAAGUUCACGACAAGAUGCUGACCCUAGCUAGAGGUGAUGAUUGGAAGCGAAUCCGAAGCAUUGUCUCGCCAAUAUUCACUACCGGAAAACUAAAAAAGUUGUUGCAUAUUUUUAAAGAUUGCUCCCAGGCUUUAAUUGAAAAUUUGAAAAGCGCUGCUGAAGAAGAGAAAUCUAUCGAUUUGAAAAGCGUAUACGGAGCAUUUACUACAGAUGUAAUUGCCGGCGCAAUUUUCUCUGCUAAGGUCGACUCCCACGACGACCCAGGCAAUCAGUUUGUGAGAACCGCGAGAGAUGUCUUCGGUGGAAAACCAGGGAAAAGACCUACAGCAAUUCCUGUUCUGUCUCGUUUGUUGAAGCUGUUUAAAACUGAUCAUGCCGCAUCGAGCCGGACGGAAAUCUUUAGGAAAAUCACGCUUCAAAUUGUGGAAGAAAGGAAAAAGAGUGGACAAAAAAGAAAUGAUUUUCUCCAAUUACUGAUGGAUAGUGCAGAGGGAAUUUCGGAGGAAAGGAAAUCGGAUUCAUCAGAAAAAGAAGAAACGAGCAUCGAUUCCAAUUUUGAUGAGAGAGCUCCUGAACAUCAAACAUUGGAAACCGUUUCAAAAAAGCUUUCGAUGAAUGAAUUGGUAGGACAGUGCCUGAUCUUUUUCCUCGCCGGAUACGAAACAACAUCGUCCACGUUGUCCUUUGCGACUCAUCUUUUGGCUCUUCAUCAGGAUAUCCAGGAUAAACUCAGAGAAGAAGUGGCUAAGACCUUGUCGGAAACAAAUGGGGAACUGACGUACGAAGCUAUUCAAAAUAUGACGUAUCUGGACAAUGUCAUAUCUGAAACCCUGCGUUUGUAUCCACCCGCUACACAGUUGGAGCGGUACGCCGAUGCUGAUUAUGAACUGGGUGAUUCGGGCAUCACCAUACCCAAAGGAAUGGGGGUCACUAUUCCGGUGUACGCAGUGCAGAGGGAUCUCAAAUUUUUCACCGAUCCUGAACGAUUUUAUCCCGACAGAUUUGCCACGAAAACAUGGGACCCGUACAGCUAUUUGCCUUUUGGAGCCGGCCCUAGAAAUUGCGUCGGAAUGAGGUUCACCCUUUUGGAGAUCAAAAUCUGUCUCUCGUACGUCGUAGCCAACUUUAAGAUCAAGAGAUCUCCUCAAACAAAGGAGAAACUGGAAUUUCAUUCUGUGCCUGGAUUCUUACGACCAAAAGAGAUCGUGGUGGAAAUGGAAAUCAGAAAAAAUUCAUUUGAGAUAAAAUGAUGGAGAUAAGGAAAGAAAAUGUAUUUUUUUACUUA